GGGAAGAUAAAACUACACCUCCCGUGAGGCUUUGGAGCUAGAACAACUGCAGGUGGUCGGGCACGGCGCCCCGACGCCUGCCGGGAGUUGUAGUUCCCCCGGCCGUGUCACUCCGGUGUUGCCCACCCCGCCAGCCCUGGGAAGGGGCGGGGCGAACCUCAAGGGGCUGCUCUUUCCUUUGUGGACGUGGCGAGGGGCGCCCUUGGCCCGCCCAGCUCUCAUCGGCCCCGCCCCAUGAGGCCCUCAAGAGCGCUCAUUGGUAGGAGGGCGGGCCUCUGCGCUGCAGGAGGCGGGGCCUGGCUGGAGAGCAGCCAAAUUGGGCAUCUUUUUGGAGAACUCGGAGUGGAAUUUAGAGAGCGAAGUGAAGCUGCCUGACCGGGGACUGAUGAUGUGGCAACCGUCACUUCUGCUGCUGCUGUUGCUGCUCAGGCGCGGAGCCCAGGGAAAGCCAUCCCCUGACGCCGGCCCUCAUGGCCAGGGGAGGGUGCACCACGCGGCGCCCCUGAGCGAGGCCACUCAUGAUGACGCUCACGGGAACUUCCAAUAUGAUCAUGAGGCUUUUCUGGGACGAGAAGUGGCCAAGGAAUUCGACCAACUCACCCCAGAGGAAAGCCAAGCCCGUCUGGGGCGCAUCGUGGACCGCAUGGACCGCGCCGGGGACGGGGACGGCUGGGUGUCGCUGGCCGAGCUCCGCGCGUGGAUCGCACACACGCAGCAGCGGCACAUACGGGACUCAGUGAGCGCAGCCUGGAACACGUACGACACAGACCGCGACGGGCGUGUGGGUUGGGAGGAGCUGCGCAACGCCACCUACGGCCACUACGAGCCGGGUGAAGAAUUUCACGAUGUGGAGGACACAGAGACCUACAAGAAGAUGCUGGCUCGGGACGAGCGGCGUUUCCGGGUGGCUGACCAGGAUGGGGACUCAAUGGCCACUCGGGAAGAGCUGACGGCCUUUUUGCAUCCUGAGGAGUUCCCUCACAUGCGGGACAUCGUGAUUGCUGAAACCCUGGAGGAUCUGGACAAGAACAAAGACGGCUAUGUGCAAGUGGACGAGUACAUCGAAAGAACUCCAGGGACUUCCCUGGCAGUACAGUGGUUAGGACUCGGUGCCUUCACUGCCAUGGCCACAGGUUCAGUUCCUGGUCGGGGAACUAAGAUCUCGCAAGAUGCACAGCAUGGCAAAAAAAAAAAAAAAAAAGACGUAAGACCAUUAAAAAAAAAAAAAAGCAAGGCUGAAGGCUAAGUGGGUAAUUGUGUGCCUGGCACACCUGUUCCAUCUUUGAGGCCAUCCCUCCCUGUGACAGCCCCCUGGCCUGGCCCCGGAGUAGAGGAAGGCAUUCUGUCCUCAUUAUGGUGGCUUUGUGUCUGGUAUAAAAAGACUUGUCAGGUUGUAAUGUCUUCCAAAUGUAUCUGUGGGCCCUUGGGGUGAAGAGCUUUUCAAACAUUUACAAAUAAUUGCAACAAAGGAGAGGCUCCUAGCAUCUCCAGGGACGUUCUGGGUGUGGUGAGCUGUUCAAAGCGUAGCUUUAGAGGAUCUCCCACUAUGGGUGCCUCCUAUGUGCCAGGCACUGCACCACACAGUGCACACUCUGUCUCAUGCGUGUGUCGAUCAAAUGGAUGGAUGAUUCAAUCAAUCACGUGACCAAUCAAUGAAGCCAAUUUCACCUGCAGCAUAAUGAUCACCUGCAAGUCGGGUUUGUUAUCAAUUCCGUUUAACAGAAGAGGAAACUGAGGUGAAGGAAAGUGAAGUGGGUGGUCCAAGGUUCCGGGCUCCAGGAGUGUCAGGGCCAGGCUGGGAGGCCCCAGGAGCUGCCCCUGAUGUCGCCCCCUCUCACCCCCCAA